UAUUAAAAUCUUCCCACCAUUUCAUCUCACAAACCUUCUGAUGACCAGAAGAAAGAGAGAUAUUGAUUACUAAUAAGUCCAUCAAAAUCCUUCUAUUCAGAACCAACUUGAGAGAGUUUCAUGUAAAGUUGAGAACAUAAACAGCUCCUGCUGCAAUUUUCCAAACUGGUCUUCUUUGAUUCCCAGCUCAAGAAGCCAAAUAUUCCAUGCCUUCAAUGCUUCUUUGUUGUUCCCUCUCUUUAUGAUUUGUCUUUGCUGGUCUUUAUCCUUUCUUGUCUCCUUCCUCCAUUCCCAUUGAUUAAAUCCUUUUAAUGCCGCAGUUUAGAUUGGUUUCUCCAAGGUUUGAUUACCUCAGCUUGUCUUAAGCCAUGGGGAGUGUUGUUCUCUCGAAACAAAGGAGUAAAAAGGAAGAGAAAGGGAAGGAUAAAAUGCCCCGUGUAUGGGUUUCUCUCAAGAGAUCUCUCCACUGUAAGCCAGAGCCAGGUGAAGUACUUGAUCCAGAAGCUAGAGGCCAUGUUGGUUCCAUCCUCAACAGGAGACUUAGUAGGUCUGGCUGCUCAAGAUCCAUAGCCAAUCUCAAGGAUGUUAUCCAUGGAAGUAAAAGGCACUUGGAAAGACCGCAAAGUUGCAGUCCAAGAUCGAUAGGAAGUAGCGAGUUUCUCAAUCCAAUAACACAUGAAGUCAUUCUGAGCAAUUCCAAGUGUGAGCUAAGGAUUACUGGCUUCAAUGGCUGCUAUGAGGGAGAUACUGAGGGGAUGAGUUCUACCUUCGUGGGCACUCUGAGGCCAGGGACUCCAGGGCCUUUGGGGCAUUUGAGAGGGGUGGGUACUCUCACUCCUCCAAGAAGAUCACCUACUGUGUUGGUUGGUAAGAGAGAGGGCAAUGGAUUUGGGGGAUCAAGUCUUGCUGGUUCUAUAGGUGGAAAUAAUGGAACUGAAAUAGGAUUUCAUGGCGUUUCUACACCCAGGACUUCAGUUGAGUAUGCUUCUUUUAGACUGGCUUGUCAUAAAUGUGGAGAGAAGCUUCUCAAGUUUGAUGACUUGGAAGCUCAUCAUUUAUCCAAACAUGCAGUUACUGAACUAGUAGAAGGAGACUCCUCCAGAAAAAUAGUGGAAAUAAUCUGCAGAACAAGCUUGUUAAAAUCUGAAACCCAUUGUGACCGAAUUGAUCGAAUCUUCAAAGUCCACAACACCCAGAAAACUCUCGCUCGCUUCGAAGAACAUCGAGAAAUGAUAAAGAACAAAGUCAGCAAACUUCCUAAGAAGCAUCCUCGCUGCCUUGCUGAUGGAAAUGAGCUGUUGAGAUUCCAUGGCACAACAAUUGCCUGCAAUCUCGGCAUUAAUGGCUCUUCAAGCCUCUGUGUUUCAGAGAAAUGCAGAGUUUGUGAUAUCAUAAGGCAUGGAUUCUCUGCAAAGGAGCUGAAGGGAGGAUUUGGAGUCUUCACAACUUCAACCAGUGCAAGAGCAAUUGAUUCGAUUGAGCUAUAUCAUAAUGAUUGUUCAAUAAAGAAGGCCCUGCUGGUUUGCCGAGUUAUUGCAGGGAGAGUCCACAGGCCAUUAGACAACUUCCAGGAGAUUUCAGGUCAAUCUGGAUUUGAUUCUUUUGCUGGAAAAGUUGGUCUCUAUUCCAACAUUGAAGAGCUCUAUUUGCUAAAUCCUCAAGCUCUUCUACCUUGUUUUGUGGUAAUUUUUAAGGCUUAAACGAGUUUAGUAGUUUUUGUUUACUGUAAUAUUUAUUUAAGAUUUGAAACCACUGUUUCAGCUAUUUUGAAUAACGGUCAAAUUUCAUCUAAAGAACUAUCAGAUCUCUGCUUCACA